AUGAAAUCCAGGCGAGACACAUGGAUAAGCCUGCUGAACCCUGGCCUGGAAAUAAACAAUGCUUUCUAUGCGGAAAGAGAGGCGCUGUACAGGGAGUAUGUUUCCGACCUGCACACGCCCGUGCCUGUUGCAGAAUUGAUAGAUAAAGACAUUCGCCGAACAAAAAUCACGCCAGUCUGCGGGAUGUAUUCGGACUAUCUGGAGAGCGUGCGGCACGGCGAGCCUGUCAAAAAUGCUUUGGCCAGGAUUUUGCAGGUCUAUGUGCACACAAACAAGUCCAUUGGAUACGUGCAGGGAAUGAACAUUGUCUGUGCAAUUAUGUACUAUGUGCUCUCGCGGGACGACCUGCCAUACAGCGAGUCCGCCACAUACUUCUGUUUUUUCAACCUCAUGGCAGACAUUGGCGACCUUUUCACGGAAAAAAUGGACAAGACUGAAACUGGGCUAUUUGGGCAGCAAAAGAUGGUGCUGCGCCUGCUUAAAAAGAAGGACCCAAAGCUGCAUGCUAGAGUGCUGCAAAAAGACCUUUUCAACAGGAGCGCCUUCCAUGUCAGGUGGAUGGUGCUUCUGUUCUCUGCCGAGUUCACGCUUGGAGAAACCAUGCUGGUGUGGGACCGGUUCUUUGAGGAAACCCCGAAGGGGGUGAUGAUUCCAUACUUCUGCGCGUCCUUGCUGCUUCUUCUUCGAGAGCGCAUCCUGAAAGAUGAUGAAAUGGAGGUUCUAACCACGCUAGAAGUGGUGAAGGUCAGCCCCCGCCUGGCGCUGGACACUGCAGAAAGGCUUCUUAAGGAGACUCCAUACAGCGUCUUGGCCCCGCACUCUGCUGCAAGAACACGGGCAGCACACCGCCAGGCCUGA